GUAAUGUAUGUAUGUCCGUGCUAACGAUAAAAUAAUUAUUACAUAUAUAUAUUGUUACGCGCGCUCUCGCGGAAAUGAAAAGACACUCUUCCGUACUCUUAACGAACAGCUUUAUUCUUAGCAUUUACAAUUAACGACUUAUCUGGCUCGAUGCCUCUUAACGACUCUUUGUUUAUUCCCGUCAAUUUGUUUAUUCCCGUUACCCGGCUCCAGACAGCUGACCGCCGCCGCCGAUCGACAUCGCCGAUUCGACAGCUGAUUCACGGACGGAGAGUAUACCGGGCAGCACGCGUAACAAUAUAUUAUAUUUAAUUUGUGAAAAAUAAAAGCCGAUAAAUUAAUAAAGCAAAUAAGUAAAUUUUGAAUACCAUAUUUCUUAAUUAAUUAACAUUUUGUUGUAAGCGUUUGCUCGUUUCGGGAAUUCUUUCCUGUAAGUAGUUGGGAUUCGUCCUGCCUUAAGGGUUAGGACCCAAAGGGUGAAGAUUCGGCUCGGUGUAUGAGAGAAAGAAAACACUUCUUACUUGUUUUUUCGUUGUCUUUAUUUCUUUCUCGUGCGCUUACAGUCAGCUGUGAUGGUGUCGGGUAUCACUCGCGAUAAGGCUUAUAGCACGCGACGUUGCUCGGACGUUGUUACGUUUCUCUCCGCUCGGUCACGGCGUCCUCGCGCUUAUAUAUGAUGGUUUGUGGCGCAAUUUCGGGGGCCAGUGACCGGGCGUCGGCAGCUUCCGCGAGGCUAAGCGUUUCGACAUCGGAAUGCGGUAGCCUUGCGGUUUAAUUGUGCAGCGUAGGGCCUGCGGUUUAAUUGUGCAGCCUAGGGCCUAUUUCUAGGCCGAUACGGAACUGCUUCCGAGCGCGAUGUUGAAAUCUCACGGAAGUUGCUCGGGACUUCCGUGAGCGCGGCGGAUUCUUGUGCGUCUUUCGAAAGAUGCGUUGCGCAAUUGCGAUAGAUACGGUUGUAAUCAGCUUACUACAAUUUGACAUUUUAAAUUACGCGCGUGAUAGUGCUAAUAGUAGACACGGGUAGAUGCUUUGGGCUGUGUUCCGAUAUUAUUGCCAAUACUGGCAGUCGCUGAAAAGUUGUUCCGUUAUUACCUUACAGUACAUUGUAAGAGCAUCUAGUUCCAUCGGUGACGUCAUGAAUGGUAGCCAUAUUGCCACUGCGGCUACUGCAGCUUUCGAGGUAAGGCAAACGCGCAAAAAAUAGAUUUAUUAGAUGCCGAAACGUCGGGAACGCGCAAAAAAUAGAUUUAUUAGAUGCCGAAACAAAUAAAACAUGUACAUUGUAUUUAAAUGCAGAUGUUCAUAAAGCGGAAAAUGGUAAGUAAAAUUUACAUUAUAAAAUUAUAUAUCUAACAUACUAUAAAAUUAAUUAUUCAUUAAAAUAGUGUGUUAUAACCUCAUUUUUGUAGCGUAUUUGUUUUAUAGCUGAUAAAUUCUUUAAAUAAUAAAAAAGAUUACCCAUAUUGUAAUUCAUAACAUUUUUUGUGUACACGUUUCAAUAUAUUCUGUAAUGUAUAAAAAGGUAGUAUAUUUCUUAUUUUUCAUAUAUGUUUCACAGAUAUGAAAUUUGCCUCAGCUUUAUUAAAAUAUGCAAAAGAAAAUAUAUCUAAUUCUGGUACGUAUGACAUUGUCUAUAUUAUAUAACAUAACUUUUAUGUUACAGUGUAUUUUAUAUGAAAUAAAUCUUUUACAUUAUGUAUCAAAUAUCUAAUCUUGUCAACAGAUACACCAAGUACAAGUACAAUAAAAAUAACAAGUCCUGUAUUAGAUAUAACAAGUAUCCUGUAUCAAACACUAACAAAGAUACAAAUUCUAAUAACAAAGAUGUUUAUAUAUGGAACAAAAAAGAAACUUUACUGUUAAUAUGCUUAUAUAAAGAACAUGAAGAAAUGUUUACUUCGGGAAAAAUGAAGCAACAUUCAUGUAGGAAGCGAAUAGGAAAAGAAAUGGCCAAAAAGGUUGCAAUAUCUCUGCAAGAAAAUUGCACAAAGUUUCAGACAUUAAAACGAACUUAUAAGCAAAUAAAAGAUCACAAUAAUAAGUCAGGGAUUGUAUAGCCAAAACAUUCUUAAACUUUAAUUUUAAUCUUAAUUUAAUUAAAACUGAAUUUUAAAUUAAAUUAAUAAAGUAAUUUUUUAGUUUAUGUUUUGAUGACUUACAGAUAAAAAACACUCUAUUUCAUCAAAGAAUGCAUUGUUGGAAUUAUGAAGACUAGAACCAGAAGACCGAACGAAGUCUGAUUUCGCCUCCAAAAGUGAGGCGAAAAUCUGUUAGAAAUGUAGUACCAAAUGGUGACGCUGGCGACAAUGAUUUACCGGAAACAAUAUGGAGUAUAACGACAAGCAUUUGACAAUAAAUGCAAAUUUAUAAUAAAAAUCUUAGCAAUUUUACAUUUAUCGUACUUAUCUCAGUUUUCUUAUACCAAUACAACAACUGCGUACAGUCUAGCACCACUAGCACGGCUGACUACGAUAAACAUAGACUAGACGAUUGUAUCUAGAAUUGGAAUAUAUUCCGGUUUAUCCCGGUGUAUCAGCAUCGUCAGCGCCACCAUUUGGUACUACAUUUCUAACAGAUUUUCGCCUCACUCAAAACCACAAAGAUCGGUCUCCUGGUUCUAGUCUUCAUAGUUGGAAUAUAAAAAAUUUCGUGCAGAGAAAAAAGACGCACAACAUAAAAAAAAAA